CAAUAUCCCAGUGUAGGAGAACCAUCAGAGGCAGAGAACUAAUGGGAACCAUGGGAAUACCACUACCCAACUGCGUCUGGGAACCAAUAUGUUGAACACCCUCUACUUGUCCGACUGAGGGACUGUAUCCUGAGCGGCAAAAGACAAAUGGUAAAAAACUUUCCUGUGAAAGCACAGUGACUCCUGAUCCCCACUUUUUCAGUCAGCAUCUUCCUGAGUCGGAUGGCUCUGAAUGACAAGAUGCAGUAAUGAAAGUCCAUGCACCAUUCAGCACUGUAGCCAUGAAGCAGCUGAAAGGGUAGGGUCUGCUGUGAGCUCGCCUCACCCUACCCGACCACCACCCCAUCAGCUCUACCUGAGAGCAGAGUCCUACGUUGAAGCAUAAUCCUGCAGCUCUACCCGUCUCCUGCCACCCUCCCACCACCUCCUGCACCACGACUUUGGAAGACAAACAUGACGUGCAUUGCGAAGACACUGGUUGAUGUCUGAUAUAUAUACCUCUGAGGUGUCGAGCGUAAAACCGGUGGAGCAAUGAAUGGCGGAAAGGACCAUGAGGCGGGAGAUGAGAGGCAGGCCGUCCUUGUCCAGGUCCCCAUUGGCUGGCAGCGCAAGGCGGAGCACGGCGGCGGGGUCAUAUACAUAAGUCCCAGUGGCUCGGUGCUCUGCAGCUUGGAGCAGGUGAAGAUCUACCUGCUGACAGAUGGAACCUGCAAAUGCGGUCUGGAGUGCCCACUAAUCCUCCACAAGGUGUUCAACUUUGACCCAGGGGCAGCGGUGAAGCAGAGGACAGCGGAGGAUGUGAAAGCAGAUGACGACGUCACCAAACUCUGCAUUCACAAGAGGAAGCUUCUGGCUGUGGCCACGCUGCGCAAGAGCAUGGGGACACACCCACCUCUGACGCUGACCAGUCCAGGGGGAGGUACAUCAUCUGUGGUCGCUGCGCAUUCCAUGUCUCAACGAGCAAUAAGGACUAAAUCCCACGAUGGCCUGCCCAAUGCUGUUGGCCCAGACUGCAAGAAUCCUUUUAAGAUGAUUAUGGCAGCUGGACAGCAGCAGCAGAGGCUGUAUCUUCCCCAGGAGAUGGGUGGAGCCCAGCUGCCGGAGCUCUACUCUGGGUACCCUAGACCGCAGAGGCUGGGCAGUGGGGAGCCAGGCCCCAAAUCCCCUUACCGGGUUGGGUACGGAGGCAUAUUGAGCCCACCUCCCUCCAGUUCUAAGCUGUAUGGAGAUGGCUCACAGUCUCCCUGUGCAGACACUUUGGGCAGCCCUGAUGGCUAUCCAAGGACCAAUCCUUGUGGGUUUCCAGGAGCAGGCAGUCCUGUAUCAGCCUCCAUCCAUGGGAACACUAGGACGCCUCUUUCUCCACACAGUGUAAUGCUCCAUGGCUCCCCUGCGGGCCAGCCAUCUUGCGCCAUGACAGGGAGGACUAGCACGCCCCUCUCCCCCACGGCUACUGCCAAAAGCCCUGUCAUGAACAUAAACAUGCCUCGCGGGAACUUCCCCCCUGGUAUGGAUAUGCCUCGUGCAGCAUUUCACCAUAAAACACAACCCCCUGUGCAUCCCGUACCGCCUCCUUCAGCCAUACCACCCUCCUGUGCCCAUCAGAAAAGGCAGUUGACCUUCGAAAAAGACCCAUUAGGCAUCCUGGACCCCAUCCCCAUCAAGCUCGUCAGCCAGCCUCCCAACAACGCCCCAAACCCCUCCAACUUCCAGCCUAACAUCCACUCUCAGGUACAAAUGAUGAAUGUAAACAUACCCCCUCCCGUCAUUGUUCCCUUGCCAAGCAACUUACCUUUACCCACAGUGAAGCCUGGGCCUUUAGGGCAUGGCGGCCAUGUUCAAAGGACUCAACAGGGUGGUCCGGCUUCCUCCAUGUCCCCCUCCCCUGUCACUUCCCCUGUCCACAUGGCAGGGCCAGCCCUUGGGAGAAUGGAGGCCUCCCCUCAUCGCUCACGCUCAUCCUCCACCUCCUCUGACCACGGGAGCUUUGCAAUGCCCUCGGGUCACCAGGUCCCAUGUGGCAACAUGAAGGUCCCUCCUCGUUCUCCCAGGUCUGCCAUGGGAUCUCCCAGGCCAGCCAUGCCCUCCAGCCCCUCCACAAACAAAACUGACCCACACCACCAGUACAAAGACUCCCAGAUGCUGCCAGGCAUGGGAAACUCGAUUGGUCCCCAGCAGCACAGCAACCCCAUGUACUCACCCACCUCUUCCUCCUCGUCAUCUUCUUCUAUGGCAACCCCCAGCGCUUCCCAGAAGGGCCACCCAGGACUCCUGGGGAUGCCCCUCAACCAGAUCCUCAACCAACAGAAUGCCGCUUCCUUCCCCGCCAGCAGUCUCUUGUCAGCCGCAGCCAAAGCACAGCUAGCAAAUCAAAACAAACUCAGCGCUGCUGGCAACAGCCCUGCUGGCAUGGCUGCUGGUGGGGGUGGUGGUGGUGGUGGUGGUGUUGGUGUUGGUAUGGCAGGAAUGGGGGCUGGUGGCGGAGGUAAUGGAGGAAGUGGCGGACACCCUGCCUCUAUGAGCGGCCCUCGAGGCAUGGAGGGACACAGCACUUUAAACUCAAUGCUCCCGCCUAACUCCACCAAGCUGAUCAACACUCCUGAGGGCCAGAGUGGUCGGGCGGCUCUUAGAGAUAAGCUCAUGGCCCAGCAGAGGGACCCCAUGCGCAAACGGAAGCAGUCAUCGGGCAACGCUGCUGUAAACCACGACAACAGUAACAACAUGGUCUACAACAUGCUUAAUAAACGAGGCAUGGGAGGACCCCACAUGGCAGGGCCCAGUGCCACUGAGCAGCUGCGCAAAGUGGGCAGACUUGGAAACCUUCCCCAAAACACCUCCAUGGCCCAGCUUCUCCAGUCCAUGAGCUGCCAGAGCUCCCACAACCUGUCUGGCAACAGCCAUCGUCCAGGUCUUAGCCCUGGCCCAGGGCCUCAAGGAUCUGCACAGCUGAUCUACAACGACAGCACAGUUUUGGUCCCCGGUGGCCCUCAGCAGAACCUCCUAGCUCAGCAGAGGCUGCGGGGUCCAGUAGAUACCAUGCAGCACUGCCAGAACAUGGACCCCUCUGGGGGUCAUUUGAGCUCUCGUCCAGGCCAGUUCCCUGACAUGAUAGCCCAGAUGCAGGCCUCCUCCAUGAGUAACUGUGGCCCUAUGGGGCCAGGAGGUGGACCGGUGGGCCCUGAUGGCAUGCCGCUGGGACGCCCCCACAAUAACCCCCCACCGCUGUCCCAUCCGGGACCUCACCCCUCCCAGCAGAACCUCCUUCACGGUAUGAGGCGGACUGCCAUGGUGGUGAUGCCACAUGGAGGUGGUGAUGGAAGCUGUACACAGACCAUCUCUGAUACAGGAAACCCCUCAUCCCUCGGCUGUGGUAUGGGCGUCCUGCAGCAACACGUCAACGCCGGCGGAGGUCAGAUGUACCAGCAGCAGGUCCAUCAGGGCAUGCAGCAGGGAGUGGCCUCCCACCCGGCCUACCAGGGACAGCAGCACUUCUCUGACAACACACCCUACACAGACGGCAACAACACCAACGCUGGCUCCAUGGCCUGUCUCUACCAGAACUACCAGUCGGGGAUGUUGUCACACCCACAGUUCAGGGAGGGGCAACAGCCGCAGGGCGACGGGCUUCCAGCGGGUACAGCUGGUGGUGACAGGGGCCCCGGUGGAGGCCCAGAGGCGGUGGACGCCAUCUACAGAGCCGUUGUAGACGCCGCCAGCAAGGGCAUGCACGUUACCAUAACCACCACAGUAAGCGGGACCACGCAGGCGAGUCCGGUGCCUGCUCUCAGCGCCAUGAGUGCCUUUACUGCCUCGAUAGGGGAGCCGGUCAACCUCCCCCAAGCAGUUAGCACAGUCCUGCACAGGCACCAGGAAGUGGAGGCGUUACCACAGCAAGCCAGACCGAGGCAGGUGAGGCCGGGGCGGGGUCAGAAGACCAUGGAUCCAGGGAAGAGCACUCCAGACGGCCACGAGGCCAACGACUACUUCCGUUCUCCUGGCCGUGGGACUCCCAGGGGGCAGUGGGACGGGGAGACGCAACACGGGGGAGGCUUCGAUGCUCACAGCAACAACAGCGCCUGGGGUGGUGAGGAGUUUCUGGAGUGCUCCACCCAAGUGAGGAGCAGUCCCUGCAUGGAGCGACCCGCCAGCCUGGCCCCCGCCCCACCCUGCACCACUGAGGGCUCCAGCGACCACGGCCUGGUCAUGGCUCACGAUAAGACGUUUCUCGAUGAUGGCUAUCGCUUCAACAACUGCAACCGGACACCUGCUAAUUACAAGGAGCGUCUGGAGCAGACGGCGGAACGCUGCAUCCACAUCAACGGCGCCACCCCUCACUUCAGCACCCGGGGUUACGGAGAAGUCCUGGGCCCCCCACGGCAGGAGCUGACGGGGGACGACCAGUCGCCCAGCUCCUCCACUAGCCUGGAAGGACCUCUGGCCACAGCCAAAGACUACAGCCACUACAACGGCCACUUCAACGGCAUGGCGCCCAGCCCCUCGGACACAAAGAGCCUAAGCAGCGAGGAGGACCUACGGCAACCGGACUCUCCCUCCUCAGAGCUGCUUCACUACCGCUCCAGGACAUUCAACAUGGGGGAGCUGGUCUGGGGCCAGCUGAAGGGCUUCCCACCUUGGCCUGCCAAGCUGGCUGGGGACGAACAAGUGCACAGCGCUUCUAUGCAGCUGCGGGAGCAGGCUAAGGUAGAGCCCGAGAAGCUAAAAACACUCACUCACGACCUGGAGGCACUCGACCGAGCCGCCAAAAGAGGCCUGAAACCGGGGAAACUGAAUAAUCACCUGGAAGCUGCUAUCCACGAAGCCAUGAGUGAGCUGGAUAAGAUGUCGGGCACAAUCCCAUCGAGGGAUCGCCAGGUGAAGCUCCCCAAGCCUAAGAGGAGGAAGAUCUCCAGAUAACAUUGAAUGUGUCGGCGCGAGAACGUCCUCAAAGCCUUUCGGAGACUUCGCCCGUUCGGCCUCGAUGCGGUCCGAGCUCUCGAGCGGGUGCCACGCGUGGACUCGGAGUGGCACGCCCUCGUUCCAUGAUAUCAGCUUGACUCGAGGACUGACCACAGAAGGUGCUGGAACCUCCAACCACCAACACAGUUUGAACUGUGGAGAAAGAAUAGAGAAACAUUGGUUGCAAUUUGUCUACAGCUCACUGAAUUAACUAUUUUUUUCUAGUAUAAGAUAGUAAAACCAACAAAAAAAAAAACCGCUACAAGCAUUACCUUACAUAUUUAAGAAGAAUAGACAGUCCAAAUAUUUCUGAUACAUUUUCAAUAUGUAUAUAGAUAAUCCUGAAAUUUCAUGCUAUUAAGAAUUGUAUGUAAAUAUUGUACAAUGUCAUGUACAAGCAUACCGAAUGCACAUUUUAUCUUUUAUUGUACAAAAACAAAGCAGAAGUGUACCAAUGUCUUGGUUUCUAUUCAGAAAUGCGGUUGCAGACGGCCGCAUGCGUAGGAUAAUAAGAAUACAGCCUAAAGCUUUUAUAUGAUGAACUGUUUGUUUUUGUUUUGUAAGGGAACAGCAGUGGAACAGGCAUGAGUGUAUGAGUUUCUCCAUUACGAACGUCACGUCACUUGAAAACAAAAGACAAAAAAAACAGAAUGAACUUUACCAGCAGAAAGUGUUCAGUGUUCCCCUAAAGCGAGGCGGGAGCGGCCGGACGGAUGUUGGUAAAGCGUCAUCUGCUCGAUCAGUCGCUUUGACGGGAGAAUCAUGAGAUUUGGAGAUCGUUUUGUGCUAAAAAGUCUGGUCGGCAGGUGAUGUUCUUGUAACCGGCGAACACAAGGAAGCACCUGUCGUUUCAAGAAGGGAAAAUCCACCUGCAGGCACUUUUACAUUAAGUGUGGAAGAAAAGAAAAGUCACCCUGGUCUUUAAAACCAUCGAUAAAGAUAAUAACCAGGGCGAUAAUCUCUAAUUCUCCCGCUCCUCAUUGACCCACAUACAGUAUUUUAACUGUAGAUGAAGUGGACCCUGAAUGCAACACGAGAUCACGACUAAGAGUGUCUUUGGGUGGAUUCUUCCUUCGACUCCAACCAAGACUCACGGGCUGCAUCGAUGGAUUAUGUAAUUUGGUUGUUGUGAUUAUGUUCUCGUGCUCGUGCGUACGGUGGUUUUUCCAUGACUGUAGUCGUUUUUGCCACAACUAUAGCUUUAGGUAGAGUAACCAACCUCAGUCUAGAUUAUCAAAAGGAACACAAACUCGCUUCUCCAGAGCAGUGAAAGCAUUUCUCUCAUUUAGGGGCCUUGUGUGUGUGUGUGUGUGUGUGUGUGUGUGUGUGUGUGUGGUGUGUGUGUGUGUUUUGAUUUUGCUUAUUGAUGUAAAUUAUUUAUGUACAGUACUCCAUAUUUAUUUUAAGCUUUACAAAUAUGCUAGAUGGCAAUAAUACUACCGAGAGUUGAGAACUCAAGCCUUAUAUGUGUAAAUGUAUGUUUUGUUUUUUUAACCGUGAAUAAGAUGGCGUGUUGAGAGUCCAUCACAAAGUCACGUUCCCGUUGAUUUAGCGAGUGAGCGUUACAGAGAACACUUUCUGACUUGUUGCAGAUUACGUCAAAGGAAGAAAAUGUAACGACGUCUGCCUGCGAGACCAUACUAUUUAUGAAUAUGCACAUCUGGAAGCGUUUAUGUUGAUAAUAAAUGCAGAUUUAACACUACUAUAAGUUCAAUGUCAACGCAAAAUCAUCACUUGAUGAGUCUUAAGAUGGACAGUGAUGCUCAGUAUUGUGAACUACACACACACACACACACACACACACAGAUCAAAAGCAACCAACAACCUGAAGUCACUCCAGAAUGAUUAAGUGCAAUACACCAACGGAUGGCAAAGAUCAAACGCUUAGAAACUGCUUUUGUUUUAAACACACCUUCGACAUCUCUGACGUGCGCACGCGCAACACCUUUUUGUUUGGUAACAAUAUUCAUCUUUUUGUCCGAACACGAGUCAUGAAGUAGUAAUUUAUUUGUAGCUUUUCCUUUUACAUGCACACGCGUCUGUUACGGCUCAAUAUCAAGACAGGAACCCGACGACUACAGAGGUUUCUGAUGACCAUAAAACCAAAUAGUACACUACUUUGUAAAGAACUUCUUUUCUUUGUCACCCAGUGAAACACUAUUGGAACAUGUCCACGACUUUCAGACGUGCACUCAAGUUUUAUAACUGAGGAAUCCCACAAAUGUACUUUAGUUUUAUAACGUACCCUUAAUCCUAAACGAGGACGAUGACAGAUUCACACGUGUGCACACGUUUAAGGAGCUUCAUUUCUAAAGAGAUGGAACACUUAUCUCAAGUUAUUUCUUUCCUUUGUCGUGUGCACGCUUGCAUUUUGAAAAAGACGUGAUGUGUAGCAGUGAAGCCGAGUAACGUUGAAAGAUAUCAGUAUUUAAAGAUACUUUAAUGUCCCGUUUGAAGACACAAUUUCCAAAAUGUGACGUUCGGUGUCGAGAACACGUGCGCUCUUUCGGUAAAGUUCAUUCUGCCUCUCCCGCCCUGUUUUUUUGUGCAAUGACAUGCAGGAUCCCGGCGUGAUGUUGGGAUCCCAUGUGUUAUGGAUCUGUUCUAGCAGUUUCAUGUUAUUUGUGGUCAAGAGUUCAAAGCAUUUUUGUGUUUGAGAUGGUAUGUGCAGUCUAUUUUUGUGUCCCACCUCCCGCCUGUGAUUGUGUGUGUUGACGUGCGAGUGUGAUUUUUAUUUUUUAUUGCUUUUUGAAUCUCAUUUCCUUCUUCCUCCUUCCACCCUCUCAUUGUCAGUAUUUUAUUCAGUAUAUAUUUUCUCACUAAUAUAUACUUUACAAAAAAUAGACUUGCGUGAAGUAUGACGUGCACUUGAUUGCUCUUGUUUAUUUUUAUUUUUGCAUUAAUGUGGGCUAGGGAUAGUUUGUCAGAGUCCAUUAUUUUGAGAUUGUUUGGACUUUUUUUAAUGGUUUGAUGUAAGCAGCAUUCUUUUGUAAAUAUUGUGAAACAUUACAGGUCAUGCAGUGAUGUAACAUUUUGAACAAUGUUGCACAGAUGUUUAAGAUAUUAAAAACAUGGUCACUCUUA